AUGUCUGCAUGCUGUGGAUUGCAACAACAACAACAACAACAACAACAACAACCGAUACCAGUGGUACCAUUGAUCACACCGUAUCCGUUGCAACCAAUAAUACCUGUGGUGCAACAAGAAAAACAAUGCAAUUGUAUUAAUUUACUAGCACAAGUGAAAUCAUGUGACUGUGCAAAUAUCCAGGUAAAUCAAUGCGGUUGCACACCAGUUGCACGCUCAAAUUGCAAUUGUGCUGCACUGCAUGAGCAGUAUAUGAAUUGUGGUUGUGAAUCACUUCAUUAUAAUAUAACUUGUAACUGUCCACAGCAAAGGAUACAUUGUAUGCCUUCAUGUAUGCCUGAUUGUUCACAAGAAUGUAUUAAUCGAGAAAUGAUUAAUCAAGUCAUCUUUAAUACCCAAUAUCAACAACCACCACAACAACAACACCAAAUUGAGUGCAUUGCAUUUUGCAUGCCAUUAUGUGAGCCGCAAUGUGUGAAAAUGUUCGAAUCAAAUCAGAUGCAAACUUAUUUGCAACCUGUCAUUAUGCAAUCACAAUCUCAACCAUCAAUUUUUGCAAUGCCACCUGAAUUUUCCUAUAAUCUACAAACCAAAAAACAGUUACCAUUUGGUGUGAUACCUUCGCAAGGUCAAUCUGCUUUACCCUUCCCAACACAACCUUGCCCAUCAUCUAACUGUGAAUCAAAUUGUCCAACUCAGUGUAGCAAUCGAAAUUGCUGCAAAAUGUGUCAAAACAUGCCAUCAUGCAGUCAGUCUACUGCUAUUUCACACAAUCAACAAUCGCCAUUUUCAGUACAAAUUCAACAACCACGUUGCGUGACAAUUUGCAUGCCAUCCUGUGAACCGCAAUGCAUUCAACAAGCUUGUCCACCUGCUUGUCAACCUAUGUGCGAGUCACAGUGCAUGCAGAAAGUACUCAAUCAAGUAAUACUGCUUGCGCAGCAACAGUCACAACCAUCUCAGAUGUCAUCACAACUACAACCACAACUCUUUCAUCCUCAAUCUGAAUCGAUUAAAUCAUCGACACAAAUACUACGACCACCACCGCUUCCUCAAACUCAUUGUGUACCACAAUGUAUGCCUCAAUGUUUGCAAGAAUGUAUACAGCAAGUUUGUGUUGCAGCAUGCAAACCUGCUUGUUUACCAGAAUGCAUAGAGCAGCAACAGAAGAAAGUUUUCCUUGUCACAAAGCAUCAACAACAACAACAAUGUGUAGCACAAUGUCAACCGGAAUGUCAACCGACAUGUGUAGAAAAAGCUUGCGUAUUAGCUUGUCAACCGAUGUGUGACCCUCAAUGUACACAACAACAGAAACCACUUGUGGUAACAACCGAAGCACAUCAACCGGAAACAUCAUCUGCCAGCGUAUGCUUAUCAUCAUGUAUGCCAGAUUGUUUGCCAGAUUGUUUACAAAAACAGCAACAGAUACAGCUGCAAACACAUAAAUUCCAUCCGCAUUGCCCACAAAUAUGUCAACCGGCCUGCAAUCAACAAUGUUUAGAACAACAACAACAAAUUUGCUCUAAAACUUGCUUACCAUCAUGUCAAUCAUCGUGCAAAAAUAAUGCACGCUGUGUGCAAGAAUGUAGCGCAAAUUGUGAACAUUCCUGCAUAGAACAAAUUCCGCAAGCGGUAUCUUCAAUUAAGCAGCAUUCACCGGAAUAUAAAAUACAAGGAUGCGGUUUGGAUUGUAAGGCUACGGAACCAUUCCGUUGCGUACCGCAAUGUCAGCCAACAUGCAUGAAAUCAUGCAUCGAACAGCAAACAUCCGGUCAAUAUCAACAACUGAAGCCAUUAAAUGAUUGCAUGCAACAGCAAUCUGAUGGAUGUUCUUGCGCAAUCGGUUAUACGCCUUGCUCGCAAAAUAAUAAUUGUUGCCUAAGGCGACGACGUCAUAUUGUCUUGCAAAAACAAUAG